AAGAAUUUGUAGAUAGUAAGGCACAAGAAUCCUUGUAGACUGCGAGCCAGUUUGAUUAGAAAAGGGACCAAAUUGGAAAGAUGGGAGGAAGAACUCCUGUAGGCCUGAGGAGAAAUGGCCACCCAGAAACAGCUGAAUCAACUUAGGCCUUCUGGAAGGGUAAGAUGCCUGCCUGGCAGGGCUGUUCUGGAGGAAGGUCCCAGUGUGGGCAAAUGGCCAGGAAAGGCUUGUUGAGAGUAAUGGACUCUUGCUUUGGAUGAAGAGAGGACCGAUUAGAGGCAGCAGAAGGAUGCAGUAAGUAAAGGUAAAUAGUCUAGGUAUGGUAUACCUUGAAUGCCAGAUACGAAGUUUGUCUUUCUCUUGAGUGCAGUACAGAGCCUACAUUAGAGAUGGGGAUAGCAUUUCAUUCAGCAGGUUCACCAAGUGUGUACAAUUAUACUAUACUCUUGAAUAUCAAGAUCCAGUUAUUCUACAAGUAAAAAUAAAAGAUUUUGAAUGGAAGAUUUGAAAGAUUUUCCCCAAAUGCCGUGUUCUCCAACAUCCCAGACUUGUUCCUGUAGAACAGAGAAGCUAUUGACAAGGUAGUAAUAUUGGGGCCAGACAGUAGAUGUGUUAAGGUCUUGGACAUAGCUAACCCCGUUUUGAUCCUCAGUAUCCUAUAUGGUUCCCUGAACCAGAUAAGGUCCUCAGCAGAGCCAGGAGUGGAGUAAGCCCUGAGCACUACUGAGUGCCUGCCCACUGCCCCCAGAGAAUAGUAAUAGACAACAGUCAGUGAAUUUACUAUGGCCAGUUAAUGGUCUUAUAGUUUGAGGGUCAUACCCAAUACUGCUCAGGAGCAAUCAAUCCCAGGUUCAAUACCCCCAAAGAGGAGCUGUUCCCAUUCUGGUACUCAGUUGUACCUGGGGUGUGUGGAUGACCAUACUGUGGUGGAAUUGAAUCUAGGUUUGUAUGCAAAGCAUAAGCUCCAGCCCACUGGAUUAUCUCUCUAGUCCCUGGCCAAGUAUGGUCUUAGACAACAACCAUGAUCUUUAGUUUGCUUGCUUGUUUUGGCUUUUUGGGGUCACACCCAGAACAGUGCUUAGUAACUCCUGCUCUGCAUUCAGGAAUUUACUCCUGGCAGUGCACAGGUGGACCAUAUGGGGAAUGAAACCCAGGUAGGAGAGUGGAAGACAAACGCCCUAUGCACUGUGCUAUCACUCCAGCCUCCUCUUUUCCUUUUUUCUGUUUUAUUUUAUUUUAUUUUUUUGUUUUGUUUUGGCUGUGCUCAGGGCUAAUUCAGGCUCUGUACUCAGGAAUCACUCCUGGUGGGUGGGAUUGGGAACCAUAUGGAAUGCUAGGGAUGAAGUCCAGGUUGGCUGCAUGCAAUGCAAACACCUUACCUACUGUACUAUCUCAAUCCCCACCAUCUCUGUUUUAAAUUUAGAUUUUAUUUUGGAUUUUGAGUCAUACCCAGCAGUGCUUAGGGCUUACUCCUGACCUGGCAGGGCUCAGUGGACUGGUGUGGGGCUGGCUGCAUGCAAGGCAAGAGAUUGUAUUAUCUUUUCAGGCUUGCCACCUCCAUUUCAAAACUGGAAAACUGAGGCCUAAAGAUAUUUAUUUCAAAAGUCAAAGUAACUUAGUGUAUAAGCAGAUUUUUACGCAGUUUGUUAGACAAAACCUGUUAGCCUCCUACUGUAGUGCCUCUUAGAACUAGAGAAGUAAAAAAAGCAGGGUCUUUUGUUGCAGGGAGAGGGAUGUUUGAAUCACUCCUGACAGUGCUGGGGGCUGCUCCUCACUCUGCUUGGGGUGGGGUUGCUCUUGAUGGUGCUCGGAGGUCUUUAGCCAGUCUAAGAAAACUGGUGGCAGCUUCAUAUAAGCCCUCCCAGGCCCAAUACUGCAAAGCAUCUUACCUCUGCUCAAUAUAUAUUACUUGGAGAGAAUUGAGGAAACUGCCCUCAAGAAAGGCCUCUCCACUCAGGCCAUCUGGCGUCGACUAUGGGAUGAGUUAAUGAAGACAAGGCCUUCCAGUUUGGAAAGCGUGACCUGUUGGAGAGCCAAGUUUAUGGAGGCCUUUUUUUCCCAUGUUCUUCGUGGGACUAUCGAUGUGUCUUCUGACAGACGUCUGUGUGACCAGCGUUUCUCGCCUCUCCUGCAUAGCUCCCGCCAUGUUCGGCAGCUUACCAUCUGCAACAUGCUGCAGGGCGCAACUGAGCUUGUGGCUGAGCCCAACCGCAGGGUUCUGGAGACCCUGGCCAGUUCCCUGCAUACCCUCAAGUUCCGUCACCUUCUGUUCUCUGAUGUAGCUGCUCAGCAAUCCCUUAGGCAGUUGCUUCAUCAGCUUAUUCACCAUGGGGCUGUCAGCCAGGUGUCGCUGUACUCCUGGCCUGUGCCCGAGUCUGCCCUCUUCAUCCUUAUCCUCACCAUGAGUGCUGGGUUCUGGCAGCCAGGCCCCGCUGGGCCACCCUGUCGCCUGUGUGGUGAGGCCUCCCGGGGCCGGGCCCCAUCCCGCGAUGAAGGCUCCCUCUUACUGGGCUCACGCCGACCUCGCAGGGAUGCUGCUGAGCGAUGUGCUGCAGCCCUCAUGGCCUCCCGGCGAAAGAACGAAGCAAAGCAGACAGCCAGAGCUGUGCCUGCCACUCGGAUCACACGCAGGAGCACACAGGAAAGCCUGGCAGCAGGAGGGACAGAUCCAAAGCAGGAGCCGCACCCUCCAGCCACUUCCCAGGAGGCUUCUGGCAAUAAGCGGCCCCCCUCUUCUCCAGCCGCCACCUCCUCUGCUGCCUCCUCUUCAACAUCCGCAUCCAAACGGGCUCCAGCCAGCUCAGCCCCACAGCCUAAGCCCCUAAAGCGUUUCAAGCGAGCUGCAGGGAAGAAGGGCCCUCGCAGCCGGCAGGGGUCAGGUGCAGAGUCAGAAGACCUGUAUGACUUUGUUUUCAUUGUGGCUGGUGAAAAGGAAGACGGGGAAGAGAUGGAGAUAGGGGAAGUGGCUUGUGGAGCCCUGGAUGGAUCUGAUCCCAGUUGCCUGGGACUCCCAGCACUGGAGGCCUCCCAGCGAUUCCGCAGCAUUUCUACUUUGGAGCUCUUCACAGUCCCACUCUCCACAGAGGCGGCUCUUACACUGUGCCACCUGCUGAGCUCCUGGGUAUCUCUGGAGAGCCUUACACUCUCCUAUAAUGGCCUGGGCUCCAACAUCUUCCGCCUCCUGGACAGUCUUCGUGCCCUGUCAGGCCAACCCGGGUGCCGCCUCCGAGCCCUGCAUCUCAGUGACCUGUUCUCACCACUGCCCAUCCUGGAGCUGACCCGGGCCAUUGUGCGAGCUCUGCCCCUACUGCGGGUUCUUUCUAUUCGAGUUGACCACCCCAGCCAGAGGGAUAAUCCAGCUGUGCCAGGAAAUAUGGGCCCCCCUAGACACAUAAUUGGGGAUGAAGAGAUACCAGAAAACUGCCUGGAACAGCUGGAAAUGGGAUUUCCAAGAGGAGCGCAGCCAGCUCCAUUGCUCUGCGCUGUACUGAAGGCCUCCGGUUCUCUGCAGCAGCUGUCCCUGGAUAGUGCUACCUUUGCCUCACCCCAGGAUUUUGGGCUUGUGCUGCAAACACUCAAAGAGUACAACCUAGCACUGAAGAGACUCAGCUUCCAUGACAUGAAUCUGGCUGACUGUCAGAGUGAGGUGCUCUUUUUGCUACAGAACCUGACACUUCAAGAGAUUACCUUCUCCUUCUGCCGUCUGUUUGAGAAGCGCCCAGCCCAAUUUCUGCCUGAGAUGGUUGCUGCUAUGAAGGGGAAUUCCACACUGAAGGGCCUUCGGCUGCCAGGGAACCGCCUGGGGAAUGCUGGUCUACUGGCCCUGGCAGAUGUGUUCUCAGAGGACUCAUCCUCCUCACUGUGUCAGCUGGACAUCAGUUCCAACUGCAUCAAGCCAGAUGGACUUCUGGAAUUCGCCAAGCGGCUGGAGCGUUGGGGCCGUGGAGCCUUUGGUCACCUGCGCCUCUUCCAAAAUUGGCUGGACCAGGAUGCAGUCACAGCCAGGGAAGCCAUCCGGCGGCUCCGGGCCACAUGCCACGUGGUUAGCGACUCUUGGGACUCCUCCCAGGCCUUCGCAGAUUACGUCAGCACCAUGUGACGGGGCCUUCCUCAUAGGCCCCUGCAGAAGCUGAGCGUGGCGUGCCCAGAACUCCCGCCACCAAUUCUGUCUUUCUCUUUGGCCACCUUCCCCCCCCCCCCUUUCUCCCUUCUCCCUUUCACUGAGGUCCAGGAGGCCUUGAUGGGGCCCAUCAACAGCAUUCCCAACCUAGGCUUAGGCCAUUGGGCCCCUUCCUCAGUGCCCCUGGCCAGGAGGUUACGAUGCUUAUUGGUCACUGAGGGAAGCCCCUGCCCCCCUGCCCCAGGAUUCCUGCUUUCUUCCUCAGGCAGGUACCCAGGCUUUAGAGACAUGUAGGGUGCCCACUACCAGCUCUCUCUGUCGGGCUCACCAUGCUGCUCCCAGGCCUCAGUCCCUUUCAUACCUUUAUUCCUUUCUUUUUUUUAACCAAAAAAGUUUUUCUUAUAAAAUAAAUUUUGGGCAAACAUCA